CGCCAUUUUCUUCCAACAAACACCACUUUACCUAACUCCCAACCCAAAAAUUUGGUUUCGCUACCUCAGUUUCCCAAUUUUAAGACACAAGCCCUAAUCAUAGGAGCGGGAAAGCCACGAUUCUGAAAAUGCAGGUCUCGGGUGCCAUCAGCGACGUUUUGGUGGUGCUUCCUCCUUCGGCAUCUUUCAGACAACCAGAAUUUCUGCCGUUUCUGACACCAAGGGUUUUCUUUCUGGUUGAUUUCUUAAACAUAGAAAAGUCGUAUUCAGGACUGAGGUUCCUUCCUACCAAGUUCCAGCUAUCAUAUUUGGGACAGUUUUGUAAUAAUAAAUUGAUAAAUUCCGGUUGAAUACUUGAAUCAUCCUUCUUGUUGUUGCCCUUACCGAGCAAGUUGCAAUCUUGGCCAAAAUGGUAUCUGGGUUAAUCAAUGCAAACCCUGUCAUAUAUGAAAAGAAAGAGCGACCUCGAACUUCUCCAUUUGCUCCCCAUGAUGAGUAUGCUGUGGAACCAAUUGACCAACAAGAGAUUUUUGAUCAUAUAAGAGAUAUAAAGGACCCUGAGCACCCAUACUCCUUGGAAGAGCUUAAGGUGAUCACAGAGGAAGCAGUUGAAGUUGAUGAUCAGCGUAAUUAUGUUAGGGUUACAUUUACUCCUACAGUGGAACAUUGCAGUAUGGCGACAAUUAUAGGUCUAUGUUUACGUGUCAAACUCAUGAGAAGCUUGCCUUCACGAUACAAGGUGGAUAUCAGAGUAGCACCUGGAUCUCAUGCAACUGAAGCUGCAGUUAACAAACAAUUAAAUGAUAAAGAGCGUGUGGCAGCUGCACUGGAAAACCCAAAUCUUUUGGAUAUGGUUGAUGAAUGUCUUGCUCCAUCUUAUGAUUGAAGGAGCUUUUCUCUCCUUCAAAUGCGUUGGACUGGUGCUUUUGUGCCUGUCGUUGAAGUUGGUCAGCUUUGUUUGUGUAUGAUAUUUUUGGUUGCUGGCGUAUUGGCCAUGCAUUUUGUGUUUACCUCACACAGUUGUUGAAUAGGAAUGCGUAAUUGACAGUGAUAAUUAAGUAAACUAUUAAGGUUCUCUGAUUAUUAGCUCAAGAAAAGAAAUAGAAAAUUCUUUCCAUGUUUUGAAGUUGUCA